UUGUUGGUGGUUUUCUUCUAAAAAAAAAAAAUCUGCUUAUUCAUCAUUGCUUGUUGUGCUGAAAAUAUAUUGUGUGUUUAAAUCAUAUUUUAUUUUAUAAAAUAAUGGCCAAUGGUCUAGAUGAUGAUGAUCAUCGACAACAAAAUGAUAAUCAAAUACAACAUUCAUCAUUCAGAUCGAUUCAUCAACCGGUAUCAUUAUUGUGGAAAAAUCUUCAAUAUGAUGUUGAUGAAUGGAAUUUUGAAAAUGAUCGCAGUUGGCUACCAAUUAAACAACGUAAAGUCAUCUUAAGACGUUUGAAUGGUUUUGUUCGUCAUCAUAGUAUGAAUGCUUUACUUGGUCCAUCUGGUGCGGGCAAAACAUCAUUGAUUAAAUGUCUUACUGGAAAUGUAUCCACUCAAAACAUUUCCUCAGAUUGUGGAAUCUAUUUAAAUAGAAUGAUUAUACCAGGAAAUAGCCGUGUACCAUUAGUUAGUUUUGUUCCUCAAUCUGUUCAUGAAAUCAUAUUUGGCCGGUUUACGGUUGAAGAAAUUCUUUAUUAUUCAUUUCGUUUUAAAAAUCUAUAUGAAAAUCGUCAUAAAGCUAAAGCUCAUAUCGAAUCAACUAUCGAAGAAUUGAUGCUCGAUCCAAAAGUAUUACGUACACCUUUCAUUCAAUGUUCGGGUGGCCAACAACGUCGUGUAGCCAUUGCACAAGAACUAAUGGCUUAUGAAUCAAAACCGCCGUUUUUAUUUGUGGAUGAACCAACUACCGGUUUAGAUAGUGAAGCUGCUUUGGUUGUUAUGGGAUGCCUUCGAAAAUUGGCCAAUCAUAAUCCAAUAACUAUCAUUGUUUCGAUACAUGCUCCUAGUUCAGAAAUCUUAAGUCUAUUUGAUAAUCUUUAUAUAUUGGCCAAAGGUGGCGUUUGUAUCUUCUCUGGUCCACCAGCUGAAAUGUCAUUCCGUUUAGAAUGUGUACAACAACAUCGAAUAGCUGAUGAUCGCUCUCCAAUCGAAGAAUAUUUAAGGAUUGCAAAUAAUGGUAUUGAUGACCAAUUGGUACGUUAUUUAGCUGACAAUACUCUACAAGAAGAAGCUAGUCGCUUUAAAUUGGAAGAAAAUUUCAAUGAUCAAAACUAUGAAUGGAAUCCAAAUGGAAUUGCACGUUAUCCGAAAUUAUUUUUCGACGAUCUACUUAUACAAUUACAACGAUUAUUUCGAUUAAUUUUUGUUGCCGAUAUUCGAUAUUUUCUUUGUUAUUUAUUACUACAAGGAAUCUGUGUUGGUUUUGUCUGUUAUACCAGCUAUGAAGAUAUGAUCAAAUCACGUGGAUGUCACAUUGUUUCGAUGGAACAAUUUAAUCAUACUUGUAAUGAAAAAUUAAAAGAAUCACUGAUUGAUGGAUCAUUUAUGAUUUAUCAGCUAGCAAUGGCCAUUACAACGACAUUAGUUUCGAUUGGUCUAAGUUCCAUAUUGGUCGUUGAAUUGAGUUCAGUAUUCUGUAAUGAACAUAAAAAUGGAUGGUAUAGUUUGGGUACUUUUUUCUGGGCAUUCCAAAUUAUUCAUUUGAUUGAAUUGACCUUUUUUGCAUUCAAUCAAGCAUUUAUUGGCUAUGUACUAUCGGAAUAUUAUAUACUGGAUAACUAUAUGAUUAACUGGAAUCGAUUUGCACAUCAAAUUCUAUUCGUAUGGUUAUUGACAGUAUUAAUGCAAUCAUAUGCACAAGUAUGGGGUGUUAUAUAUGCAAAGAAUGUCCAAUUAAUGGCUACAGCAUUGACAAUUUUAUUCGUCAUAAUAACUAUGCUCAGUGGUUUAUAUUCAUCAUUGGAAAUAAUGAAUCGGCCAUUUUUAUUGGUCAUUGCUCAAAUGUUUGGAUAUCGAUCAAUCAUUCAUGGUCUUUAUUAUACAUUCUAUGGUAUUGAUCGUUGUGAUAUUUACAGUGAAGAAUCGUUACAAUUGAAAAAAUUGUUUAUCAAUCCAGAUUUGAUUUACUGGAAUCUAUUACCAUCGGUUAUUAAUUGCAUCAUAUCACGUUUCAUCACUUAUAUUGUUAUGUAUUAUAAAUAUCGAUUCCCAACAAACAGCAUUCAAUUGAAGAACGGUAAAAAUACAUCUACAUUUUCAUCGAAAUUUAUUGCAAUCGAUUAUAAUUAUUCAACAAGCAUUGAAAUUAAUCCGAUCAACAAUGUAAAUGAUAAUUUUGUUUUCAAAUCUGAAUGUCCCGAAAAACAGCAGAAUAGCUUUUAUAAUCAACGUUAUAUAAUUGGUUGGAGAAAUUUAAGCCUAUUUGAAUCCAAUUCUAUCUAUGAAAUUCGUGAACAUCCAAAAUCAUUACAUUCACAAUUGUCUUCGGAACGAUUAAUAUUGCGAAAUCUUAAUGGACAGAUUCAUUUUGGCAGCUUAAAUGCAUUAAUGGGACCAUCUGGUUCCGGUAAAACAACAUUAUUGAAAGUGUUGAAUGGCCGUAAAAAAAUCCGCAUACCAAAAUCAACAAUGUUCUAUCUUAGUAAAUUUCAACAAUUACGUACAUGUUUUGUAUCGCAAGAAAUAUCAAAUCAUUUAAUGCCUGGACUUACUACAAUGCAAAGUCUGAUUUAUGCUUCAAAAUUAAAAAAUUGUCAUGAAGAACAAAAAAUUGAUCAUGAAAAACUUGCUUGGAAUCUAUUGAAAGAAUUGAACAUGACCGAUGCAGCCACUACAUUAGUGCAGAAUUGUUCAGGUGGUCAACGAAAACGUAUUGCUCUUGCAUUAGAAUUAACAUCAUUACGAAUGCCAAAUUUAAUCUGUAUCGAUGAACCGACUAGUGGUUUGGAUUCCAAUUCAGCUCAUCUAGUCAUUGAAUGUCUUAAACAAUUUGUUUAUCGACAUCAAGAUAUUGCAAUCGUUGCCAGUAUACAUCAGCCAAAUACCGAUCAAUUAAUGAUGUUUGAUCAAUGUUAUGUUCUUGCUUGUGAUGGUGUUUGUAUAUUUUCUGGGCCACCAAAUCAAAUCAAAAAUUAUCUAGAAGAUAUACCCGAUUCAUCAUUUUAUACACGUUUUCCGAUUGAAACAUUGAUCAAAUAUUCUUGUACUGGUUAUAUGAAUCCAAUUGUACAACGAUUAGUGAUACAAACUGAAAAACAAAUCAAACAAACGGAUAAAGAAUUACUAAUCGAUACUGUUGCUAUUCCAGAAGGUGUACAAUAUAAUCGUACAAGAUUUUCAUUACUAUCAAUUGCCAUAUUAUGUCAACGUUAUUGCAUGUAUACAAUUCGACAUCAAUGGAAAGAAUGGCUUACAUUUUUAUUCGUAUAUUUUAUGACCGGAAUAUUAACAGUAAAUGUUUUUGACAAAUCCAUUGCUGAACCAAAUGGUUGUAUAAAUAUUGAAGACGAUUUUCAAUCAUACUGUACGAAUAAAUCCGAUGCCAAAAUAUUAGAAGAGAUCCAGAUAGUCAACAAUAUCAAUUUCAUAUUAAUCCCUGUGGCUGUAAUUGGUUUUGUUAUAUCGAUGCAAUCAAUGUUUGCAUUCGGAAAUGAAUUAAAGUACUUUGCCAGCGAACAUCGUAAUGGCUGGUAUAGUAGUGGUGCUUUCUAUGCAAUGAAAUUCAUUUUCGAAACCAUACCAUUGAUUCCGAUUAUGAUGAUGUACAUUUACAUUAUUGAUCUCAAUGCCGAUAAUUCACCAAACGGAUCUUAUUUUUGGAAAGUUUUCGUAUUAUUUUUAGGUGGCAAUAUAUUCCAUGCAAUUAGUCAUAUUGUUGUACUAUUAACCAAUGGUCUUUUCAUUCCACUGAUGAUUUGUCUAUUCUUUUGCAUCGCUAUUUUUGUAAUGACAUCGAAUUUUUUCAAUCCAGUCAUACGAAUGCCAUUAAUAACGAAAAUUUUGGCUACAUUUUCACCAAUACAUUAUUUGAAUAAUGCAAAUUUUUAUCUUGUUUUUGGUGGCGAACGUUGUCAACCAUAUGAGAUACAAUCAAUAUUGGAAUUAUUGAUGAUACCGAAUACAAAAGAAACAUUUUUUAUGGCCAUAAUAAUGUUGAUCGUUUUGGUCAUAUUCUAUCAUGUAAUGGCAUUAUUAUUAUUAAUUAUCAAAUUUAAUCCGUUAAUUAAUCGCCGUGAACGUGUAACACAAAUUGAAAAAUAUCAGGAAAAAUUUUAUCGAAAUGAAAAUUAUGAAAAUUGACUAUAUUAUCAUCAACUAUAUUGAUUUUUUUUUUGUUUGGUUCCUCAUAUAUCUUUUUUACUUUUUGAUUGAUUGAUUAAUUGGUUGACUGUAUGUAUAAUGAUUUGAUAAAUUAAAAUUUUUCUUUUGAA